UUCCAAGCUUUUCAUAAUUUGCACCAUCUGUGGUUCACAAUGCUGUUGUGGUUUGGGUGUGAAGGUGCUGUCCCACACCUUUUUGCCUUGGGGGAGAUAGUGAUCACCAGCAGAAGUUGCACUGAAAAUUUUGUGUUUUUCCUGCAAACAUGAACACCAAAAGGCAACAGCCAUGCUACAGCUGUGUGAGACCGUUAAGAUAAAAAAUUUUCACCCAAUGAUUUACCAAAUUCCAUGGCAAAAACCACCUAUGUCAACCUCAUGGUGGCGCUAGAGGAAGGGUUGAGGUAUCCCCAAGCCAUCCAUCAACUGGGCAUCAUGAACAUCUGUGCCAGUUUUCAUGGAAAACCCCCCAGUGAUUAUCAAGAGUUGUCUGAACCGAAAGUAGUACACCACGAACUUCUCGCAAACUAAAGUUUGUUUCAGUUCAGGAUUUACAUCCUUUAAUUAUUAUUGUAUGUUUUGAAAUGCCAGAACAAACAGACAAACAAAAAACUUUUAUAAUAAGCAGAAUUUCAAGGAGCAAAGGUAUAGUUUUUUAAAAUUGAGUAUGGGUCCUUCCAUGCAGCAUAAGCCAUCAGCCUGCCUCCCUUUCCAAGCCCUGGUGAUAAAGUGCCCCUCUGUGUGGAAUGAGCUAACAGUGGGCUACCAUGAAGUGAGCCCCAGUAGCUUAAGUGUGUCUAUAGCCAGAGAGCUAGCAGGAAGUGCAACUCGGGUGCCUCUCCACUCGUCUCAUCAAUGCGGCUUUCAUUCUCCCUCGGUGGGGCAAGAUGGAAGCUGUACAAAAGGACCACUGGUACUUCGUGGUACUCAUCUUUCUUCCUUUCCUUAAAGUUGCUGUCCAGCAGAAAGAGGUUGUUACGGUUCGUCUGGAGGAAGGGAUGGUUCUCGGGUGUUUGUGCCCCUGGAACGGAAACCUCAGCAUGGUGUCCUGGACCAAAAUGCCAGACAAGGAUCCAAUAGCUGUUUUCCAUCCAGAGUAUGGAGUGGCCUUUUCUCACCGGUACCGGGAGAGGAUAGAGUUCCUGAGGACCACACCGAUGGAUGGAAGUAUUUCUAUGAGGAACGUCACACACCAGGAUAUCGGGCUUUACCACUGCUCUGUACAGACCUUCCCUCAAGGCCCCUGGACAACGAACAUUCAGGUGGAAGAUUUAGAUGAGCCCCCAGAAGAAGACGACAGCACAGAGCCCCCCACCUCAGAGGUGAUCAAGCUGGACACAGAGUUGACAGCACAGCAGGACAACAAUCUGACCAUAAGCUGUAACCACAAGCACAAAGGCACCGUUUACCAGGUCAUCCUGGAGAGGAUGCCACAUGGCCAGCCGUGGAACAUUAUCGGUGUGUGCAAGAAGGUGGAGGGGGGCCUGGUGGGUGAAGACUACAGCGACAGGGGCAGGGUCAGCUGCACAGACAGCCUGGAUGUCAGUCUGCACCUGACAGGUGUGGUACAGGAAGAUGGUGGUUUCUACCGCUGUACUUUCAGCACAGAUGCAGGAGAGCAGACCACCACAGUGCUGCUCAGUGUGCUCCCUUCAGGUGGAUUUAGCCUUUCUGUGUACAUGAUGUAUUUUUACAUCGGGGCUGGAGCUGCUGUGCUUAUUCUGGUCAUUGUCAUCAUCAUACUAGUAGUGAAAAGUUUAAUUUUGUGCAAUAAUCGCCACAGGAAGAAGAACAAGAGAGAGGAGUACAGAGUCAAGCUGCACCCAUCUCAGCGACAGCCAAACUUCUAUGAAAACAUCCCCGUGUGUCCCAGGAAGAAAAAGUCCAGGCAGAUUAGAAACUGUCCGGUCUACGCCAACCUGCAGACUGUGCGUUCACACAAAACCAGUCAUCAUCUGCAAUACGUGAAGGAGUAGUUUCUAUCUGUCACGGCUGCUUGAGCUUUUUUCACAUUCAUGUAAAUGUGACCAAAAAUGAGUGAAUAUUGACGAGCCCUGAUUCCAAUUAUUUGUUUGAGGUUUUUUGUUUGUUUGUUUGUUUUUUUUAAACUAAGAAGCAGGGAUCUCACUAAACCCAAUUAAUAUUCUCACUGUGUUUUGGAGUGAGUGGACAAGCUGGUGCUCAUGUAAGUCUCUGGAAGCUGUUUUGAGUCAAGCCCUGCUGUCACUAAUUAAAUGUAGUAUGUACUUCAUAAUUACUGUGGAGGAAAUAUUUGUUUAGGGCAAAACAAUAUUUGACAGUAACCGUCAUGCACGAGGAGCAAACAAAAGCCUGUAUAAUCAUUCUUUUCACUUCCCUAACCCCCGAGUAAAACAACUGACAAAAGCCUGUGUAAUUGCUCUCCUUUUACUUUCAUCCCUCCUGGUUUCCAUUCAGAGCUUGACAAUAGUGUCUAAUCAUCUAACAGAAAAGAAAAGCAGUCACUCAGCUCUGCACCGUCACUUGAGACUGUUGCCUUCCCCUGGAGGACUCUGUCUGUCUGUCUGUCUGUCUAAGAUGGCUGCACUCUAACUGCAGCACACUCUUAUUAUGAAAGCUAAACUCCAAUUAGCUAAUCUUGUGCUUCAGUUUAAAGCUCCUCAUACUUUAUCUACUGUUUACUGAAGAGUUUAGUUUCCCAUUUUUAACAAGUUUUCCAUGUUGUAUGUAUAAUUUUUCUAUGAUUUCUAAGCUUGCCUCGAUACAAUUUUAAAUCAGUAUUUAAGGUUUAUGUUACGACUGUUAAGCUGUGUGUUGUUUAUGUGUGAUCUGAUUUAUUUAUCUCCAUAGAAAUGGAGGCAGUGGCAGAAGCAGUAAAGGAUAUGCAGGCUAUCCCACUAAGAAACAAGACAAAUGUGGACAAGUUCUAAAUAUGGAACAUAAGGGACUAUAUAUGUAAUAUAUAUAUAUAUAUAAUAUAUAUAGUUUUUGCCUUCAUUUUCCUAUCUUGCUGUUCCUGGCAUAACAGUGGAAGCUGCAAAUGUACAUUUGACUGUGUGGGCAGCAGUACUGAAAAUGAUAUGACUCUGUGCCUCAGUGUGGUAUAAAUAAAACAGUGUCAUAACCACUACGUUGGUGAUUUCCUGUGAUGUGGGAGUGUGAUCAGAGGAAAUCAAAACCAUUGCUGAGUAAAAAGAAUUUUCAUGGAAACCAAAUGGUUUGGUGUGAAAUGACAGGCCGUUUAUCAUAAUGUUAAUGCUUGAACUCUUAGAAUAGUUUGACGGUUUAGUUUGGAAAAUUAGCCUUUUUAUUCUGUCUUGCCAAAAUGUCAAAAGUGUCACAUAUCGUAAAUGAAAGCUGCUGUUGGAUUAGCCUGGAAACAUCUAGUUUGGAUCUGUCUGAAAGUAACAGCACCACUAAAGCUCAGUACUUUAACAUACACGUUAUACACUGUACCCGGAAAGUA